AUGCAGGGGCCGAGGGCGGGGACCUGCGGGGACAGCGGGCUGCGGCGGGACGCUGGGCUCCACCGGCGCCUCCGGUCCCCCAAGCCCGCUCAGAGCCGCGUCUCCACUUCCUCCCGCUGCCUCCUGCACCUCAUCAGUCGCCGCCGAGGGCAGGUAGCAAGAGCGCGGGCCCGCGGCCUGCGACUCCACCCCCUGCGCCCUUCCCCGGCCCCGCCUCCGGACCGGGCCCCGCCUCCCGCGCCCUCCCCGGCUCCGCCCUUGUCCCCGCCUCCCGCGCCUUCCGCAGCCCUGCCCCGGCCCGCGCCAAGGCCACGCCCCCCCAACUCCGCGCGGGAAGAGGCCUGGCCGGGUCCCCGCCGAAGACAGGGCCUGGGCAGGGUCCCGGGGCGCUGCGACCGCGGGCACCACGAGCGUUCCGCGGGCUCCCCGGGGCUGCUCCUUUACAGCGGAGGGACCUUAGGCCUCCGGGCUUUUCCCCGGGCCCGCGACGUGCUAGGACCCAUGUCUGCGGUGCCCGCGGGGACGUUUCCGCGGUCCUCCAGGGCCCUGGUGGCGGACCAUGCGUGCAGCUCUCCACGCUCCAACCACGAGGACCCUGUGGGUCCCUCCACACAGCCUCCGCCCAGCUGCACAGCGUUGGCUGGGCCCCGACCCCAGUGGCUGGGUGGCCACCUGCUCAUUGACGCCAACGGGGUGCCCUACACGUACACGGUGCAGCUGGAGGAGGAGCCCUGA